GGCGGUGGGCCGAGAGAGGAGAAUAAAUCGGACCAGGAUUUGGAGAAAAACACAAACAAAUCGCCUAUAAAUUCCAACCUUCACAUCAGAUUCUCCACACCACCUAUUACUUUCUUCUUCUCUGCCGCUCCUCUUUGAGUUUCUCUCCCCUUUAUCAGGAGUUGGAGCCGCCGCAGGGCGCUUCUCGUCUCCCUGUUGCCGUCGUCUGAGAUGGCAAAUCAAUCAGAAAAUACACCAACAGCAACGGACGUGGGCAAGAAUUUUAUAAACCAAUACCGUCAAAUCUUUCGAGGUGAUUCGAAGGUGCUCCAUAAAUUUUAUCAGGAUUCAAGUGUGCUAUCUCGUCCUGAACAAGAUGGUUCCAUGAAGUCAGUGACAACUAUGGAAGGCAUUGAGAACAUGCUACUGUCCUCGGAUUACCAGAAAUAUCGUGACUUAGAAAUAUUGACUACCGAUUCUCAGUUUUCACUCAAUGGUGGAGUGAUUGUUUUAGUGACUGGAUAUUUAACUGGAGAUGACAAAGUGCGAAGAAAAUUUACUCAAACUUUCUUUCUAGCCCCACAACAGCACGGAUACUUUGUCUUGAAUGAUAUCUUUAAAUACUUGGAUGUUGUGCCAGAUAAUGUUGUCGAAAGUACACCAGAAGCUCCUGUUCCCUCGAACCAUGUUGUUACAGAGCCCUCUGCUGUCGCUGAUCAGCCCGUGGUCAGUCAAACUACCACUUUGGAGGUUAAGAUCACUAAUGAAAAGAAAGCCAAUAAUGUGAUGGAGACUGUUCCGGAACCUAUUACUAAAUACAGUGUGAGUGCUGAUAAUCCCAUUGAAUCAAGACAGAGCGUUACCCUGAAGGCAACGGAGCACGCAGCUCCUAAAGCCCAGAAGGAUGCCCCAAAGAAGUCUUUUGCAGCAGUGGUGAGUGCUUUGAGUGAGAAUAAAGCUCCAUUUGUUGUGAGGACACCUGUGGGCAAACCUGCGCCCAAACCUGUUGAGCAGCCGCGUGCACCUGUAACGCCUGAAGCUUUACCUCCCCGAAACAACCGUGCUGUGGACAAGAAUAAUGUUCCUGCAGUUAAGUCUCAUGCCAUUUUUGUUGCCAAGUUGCCCAUGGAUGCAACUCAUGAAGAACUGGAGAAGAUAUUCAAGCCUUAUGGACCCAUCAAGCGCAAUGGGAUUCAAGUUCGAAGCCAUUGGGAUCAGGGAAACUGUUUUGGGUUUGUGGAAUUUGAAUCUGCUGACUCCUUGCAACGUGCACUUCAGGCAUCUCCUAUCAAAUAUGGCAAUUAUGAGCUACAAAUUGAAGAAAGACGAGCCAGCGACAAAGGAAGGUUCUCAUCAGGAAGGGGUGGAUACCAAAAUGACAACUUUAGGGGCCAUGGAAACUAUAAUGGAGGCCGUGGGAACUAUAAUGGAGGCCGCGGAAACUACAAUGGAGGCCGUGGUUAUGGAAGAGACGAUCAGGAGAAGAGGGGUGAAUACUGUGAAUUCCCCGGUCCAGCUGCCGGGCGCAAUGGAGAAGCUUAUCAGCACCGGAGAUCUUACCAGAAUGGAGGAAAAGCUCCUCGUCAAACAUCAAAAUCUGCAGCUUAAGUUAGGUUAAGGAUCUUGUCAGGUUGAAACAUAUAAGAAAGCUUAUUUACUUAAGAUAUUUCAUACACUAGGCGUUUUUGGUAGGCAGAAGUUAGAGAGCGGCCAUAUUACGAGGUUUUGACCUUGCCCCCACACACACCCCCCCUCCCAAAAAAUUAUUAUUGGAAGUUUUGAGUAAUGCUAGGAAAACCAUAUAAUUGAGUAACGUUAGGAAGGUUAUAUAUUUAUACAUAUACACAUG